AUACUCCAUCAUUAAUGCACGCUGCAGCAGGACGCAUAGCACAGAGCAGCUAACACAUUCUGAGGAAGCUAAUCAGAGUGGGUGAGCUACGGAUCUGGGUGCAUCAUUCUCUUUAGUAUGUCAAGAUCCAGUCCUUUCCGUGUCGGUUCCAAAAUCCCAACAAUGGGAUACCUGUGUUUGCCACUAUUCCAGCUAGCGCUCUCGAAUCUAUCCUGUGAAGACAAUGAAAUGUGUGUAAAUUAUGAUGAACAAUAUCCUGAUGGCUGGUCUAUCUGGCUCCUCCUGCUGACUGUCGUAGUGGUUCUCCUUUGUGGAGUAGUGCUUUUCUGUCUGCAGUGCUGGCUGAAAAGCUGUGGAACUGAUCGCCCCAGACGCACCAUGGCUGUUUUUGCUGUUGGAGACUUGGAUCCCGUUUAUGGUGCAGAAAUGGCUGGAAGUCCAACAGCUGGAAUCUGCCUUCCUACUCAGAACACCGAGCUGUGUCCUGCUCCGAGUUUGGGUGCAUUAGGUCCUCCACCUCCAUAUGAAGAAAUUCUAAAAACAAAUUGAUUUUACCCAGAAUCAGUAGCUAGAUUGGUAUACACAGUCAAUUUUAGGCACAAUUCUUUGGCUUAGUUGAAAUUCCUGGUGACCUGCUAUUGAGGACGAACACAUGUGAGCAGACAGAAGAGUGGAGUGGAUGGCAGGAAGAAAUACUGGCUCCUGUGAUGUUUUAACAGAGAGUGAUCAGACUCUGCAGCAUUGCUCUAUUACACUUUUAGACCAGAAAACACUGGCAUUGCAGUUUUUAAGGAGGCAGAAAUAGGUGCUAGGAGUCACUUACAUUAAUUUGGCCUCCUACUGUCUUCCACAUUAUAUUACUUGAUGUCCUGAUAUCUCCAUCUUCAUCCAGCCUCUACUAGAGAGUCAGUAUAAAAAGAAUAAUUUAACGAUGGCUCAAGCACAGAGUGGAUACAGGGAGAAUAUUUGAGUUGAAGCUGAAAUGAGAGAAAAGGAAGAAAAACCAGUUUGAGAGUGGUGGACGAAAAUAAAUGAAAGGGGAAAGAUCACAAGGCUCAAUACAAGAAGCUUCAUUCCCCAACUGGAGCAGAGAGAAAGUAGAAGAUUGUCAAGACAUCAACUGUAGGUAAUGAUACUGUGGAGAGGAAAGGGGGGAAGGGUCCUGUUGUCCUUGCUGAAUGUGAUCUCUAGAGCUUAGUCUUUUCCAGUUCCCUUGGAAUUUGCAUUUAUUGAAAAAACAUAAGAAGAAAUUCUGUUUUAGGUGCUGCUUUAGUUAGGGUUUUACUGCUGUGACCACACACCAUGACAGGGCAAGUCUUAUAAAGGACAACAUUUAAUUUGGACUGGCUUACAGGUUCAGAGGUUCAGUCCAUUAUCAUCAAGGCAACAUGACAGGCCUGGUGCAGGAGAUGUUGAGAGCUCUACAUCUUCAUCUGAAGGCUACUAACAGAAUACUGACUUCCAGGCAGCUAGGAUGAGGUUCUUAAAGUCCACAUCCACAGUAACACACCUACUCCAACAGGACCACACCUUCUAAUAGUGCCACUCCCUGGGCUGAGCAUAGACAAACUAUAACAGAUGCCUUUUUCAGCUUGAAGACUCUAAUAGGAAAAGUAGCAAUGAGAGAUUUCCAAGCAUUCUUUCGCAUGGGCAGAGGCAGUGAAAAGAAAAAAGAAAGAGAAAGAAAGAGAGAGAGAAAGAAAGAAAAAAAGAAAGAAAGGAAGGAAGGAAGGAAGGAAGAAAGAAAGAAAGAAAGAAAGAAAGAAAGAAAGAAAGAAAGAAAGAAAGAA